AUGACGACAGAAGACUAUGACGACUACGAUGAGGGCAUCAUCCCUAUGACCUCUGCCGUGCAGAUUCCAUCAGGGUUGGGAUUAUCGCUUCUAAUAAUCAUUGGCAUAAGUGGCAACGUUUUAACUUUAGUCGCAUUCUUCAAAAACCGACAGUCAGCAACGGUUUAUGAUUUCUUUAUCGUCAAUUUAGCGUUCACUGACCUAAUGCUAUGCUGUUCCAGCAUGACUUUUUAUGCAAUGUACACGUUGAUGGAAUUCACGUGGCCCUUUGGAUAUGCCUUUUGCAAGGUGUGGCUAGUGUUGGACUUUACGCUUUGUUUCGAAUCAAUUCUAUUGAUGCUCAUUCUAAGCCUGGAUAGAUUGCUCAUGGUAAGUAUGGGACCAGCAUAUACUCAAAGGGUUACAAAGACGGUUGCACGUGCACAAAUAUCUAUAUCGUGGCUUGUUUCUUUUCUCGUGUACGGACCAGCGAUAAUCGGCUGGAAUCAUUGGGUUGGUUAUUCAACGGUUGAAGAGAAGGACUGCGAUGCAGAAUUCGCUUAUGAUCAGAUUUUCACCACAGCGACAUCUAUUGUUGAGUUUGUAUUGCCAUUCUUUGGUCUCACGCUACUAAAUUCGAUACUCUAUCUGAAGAUACGGAGACGUAUGAAGGUGAAACCGGCAAGAACUUAUCAGGUUGUUAUUCAAACGUUAGAUACAAAUGCUGGGAGUUGCUCGGACCAAGACAAAUCUAAAGGGGACUCCCUAAAAACUUGUAAAAUCAAACAAUAUUCUCCUGGUUUUGAACCGAAGGAAGGUGUUGUUAAUAACCCGUAUAGUAACUAUAAAGAUGUGAAGCAAGACCAAAUGAAAAACGACGACCCAUAUGAAAACCGAACGAAUACAACCGAGAGAGUUCAAAGAAGUGUAUCGACCUCGCGUAAAAACAGUCAUGAUAGGGCAGCUAAGUUUUUGGCCAGCUUAGUGGUCGCAUUCUUAUUGUUCUGGGCUCCGUAUUCCAUCACUACCAUGGUGAUAUCAUUUUGUGGGGAUUGUGUUAAUACAAGUUUGUAUGAAUUUUUCAACUGGUUACUUUGGAUGAAGUCUGCAGUAAACCCGUUCUUGUAUGCCUUCAACAGUCUACGGUAUAGAAAGGCUUUUCUGAAGUAUCUGACCUUCAAUGGAAGGAUUUGCAAAAACAAAAUUGGUAUUGAACAACCAACCGCAUCAAGAUCAGUGUACUAAAAAUAACAUGAAUAAAGUUCACCAUUGUAAGCUGUGUGUUAAUUCAAACUAUCAUUAAGUUUAACUUAUAAGGGUUCUGAAAAAGUAUUAAAAUCAU